CAAAUGUUUGACAUCCAAUAAUCGAUUAAUACAUCAAUGUGCUCUAGCGGUGUCGUUAAACAAAACAAACUUUCUUUCUAUCACAGCCAUUAUGUGUCAUCAUCAAAAUAUAAACAAACCCACGUGCUUAAACAAGCAUGCGCAGUUUGUGACAACGUGACGUCCGGCGGAAGCUUAUCUCGUACAGCUGACAUCUCGCUGAAAAUCGAACAAGGAAAUGCAUUUAUCUUUCCUUUUGAUACCGUCAACAUUUGUGCGAUCUUCUACUAAUUAAAACCACCACUGUAAUGAAAUUAAACCCAGCUUGGAUAUGGGAACAUUAGAAAGUGACACUGCGCCCAUUCUGAACAGUUCGUCGCCAGAAAACCACUCUCGGUAUGGUUCGAGAAACAAUGCCGAAACGGUCAGUAUCGAGUCGAUGCAGACACUCUCCGGCAGUCCUCGGCUCCACUCGCCGUCCACCUGGAAACUGUCCCGGGAACUGAGCCAUGGGCAGACGGACCCCGGACACCCGGGCCACAAGGACAACCCCAAUUCUGGCAGACGCACCCUGGGGACUUUCUCGGGCGUUUUCUGCCCCAUCGCUCUGUCCAUGUUCAGCACCUUGCUGUUUCUAAGAGGAGGAUUUGUUGUUGGUCAGUCUGGACUCCUGGAAGCCGUGGCCCAGCUGAUACUGGCCUACAUAAUACUUGUGCUCACCGUGCUGUCAAUCUGCGCCAUUUCAACCAAUGGGGCUGUGGAAGGGGGCGGAGCUUACUAUAUGAUUAGCCGAGCGCUGGGGCCGGAGUUUGGCGGAAGUAUCGGUUUCCUCUUCUUUGUCGCCAAUAUUCUCGCCUGUGCGCUCUAUGUGAGUGGAUUCGUCGAGGGGGUCAUACAGAACUUUGGACCUGGGGGGACGUUCAUUGAUAAGGACGGCGGACUGCCUGAUGGGACCCAGUGGUGGAAAUACCUCUACUCCUCCAUCGUUCUCUUCAUCUGUCUCGUCGUCUGCAUUAUUGGAGGCGCCAUGUUCGCACGUACUUCAGCAUUUAUUUUACUUAUUGUCAUUAUUUGUUUGCUGUCGUUAAUAAUCAGCAUGUUUGCCAUGAACCACGAGAUUGACGUCAAGAUUCCGUUCACUAACAAGGAAGUGUGGACAAACAAGACGGAGGAUUCGGCCAACUUCACCGGCAAAUACACGGCACUGAGGGCAAAAACAUUCAGUCAGAAUCUCUACGAUAAUUAUACGGUGGAUUACAUAACGGGAGAUACCAUGAACUUUGCCACGGUGUUUGCCAUUUUGUUCAGCAGUGUGACGGGAAUUCUUAAUGGUGCUAACAUGUCAGGUGAGCUGAAAGACCCCAGUAAAUCGAUACCCAAAGGAACUCUGUCGGCUGUGGCCUUCACCUUCGGGUCAUACUUCAUCGUCUUCGUUCUCAUUGGAGGAUCUUGUACAAGGUAUUUGCUGAUCAAUGACUACGUUUUCCUCCAGCGGAUUAAUGGUUGGCCUCCAUUUGUGGUCAUGGGAAUAUUUGCUGCGACACUGUCAGCUGCUUUAGGCAAUCUGAUUGGCGCAUCCCGAAUACUGGAGGCUCUUGGGAUUGAUGAACUAUUUUGGGUGUUUCUAAAACCUGCCACCAUAACUACGAAGGGAGGCAAUCCGUAUGUGGCUGUUCUUAUUUCCUGGUUUUUAGUUCAGCUCGUUCUGUUGAUUGGAUCACUGAAUGCCAUCGCCCCGGUUACGUCUGUUUUCUUUCUGUUGUCAUAUGCGUCUGUGAAUCUGGCUUGUCUUGCCUUGGAACUGGCAUCGGCUCCAAAUUUCAGGCCGACAUUCCAGUACUUCACGUGGUACACGUGCACCCUUGCUCUGAUUGGCUGCCUCGUGAUGUGCUUCCUGAUCAGCGCCAUCUACACAUCAGUCGCCCUCUUCCUCAUGCUGCUGCUGGUCAUCAUGCUCCACUUCCGCUCGCUGCCCAUGUCCUGGGGAUCCAUCAGCCAGGCACUCAUCUUCCACCAGGUCCGUAAAUACCUGUUGAUGCUGGACCAGCGCAAAUCUCACGUGAAGUACUGGCGGCCGCAGAUCCUGCUGAUGGUCGCCCACCCGCGACACUGCUGUCAGCUGAUGGACUUCAUCAAUGACAUCAAGAAGAGCGGGCUCUAUGUGAUCGGCCACGUCAAGCUUGGGAAGCUGGGCGACCACGACAUCGACCCGGUCACCGAGGUCCAGAGUCACUGGCUCAGUCUGAUCGACCACCUCAAGAUCAAGGCCUUCGCAGAGGUCACCCUCGCCAACACGGUCAGUGAAGGUCUGCAUCACCUGGUCUGGCUGUCCGGUAUCGGCGGGAUGAAGCCCAACACGGUGUGCAUGGGGUUCUUCGACAGCUCCGUCCCUAUUGAUACGCUGGCCACGACGAAACUACGCAGGCGGAAAUUCUUAGCUUGGCAGAAAGCCACCAUUAAUUUCGACAAAAUCGAACAUUUUUUCGAAGGGCCUCGAUCUUCAGGAGAACAGAAACAGGUCACGAGUCUAGAGUAUGUGGGAAUGAUCCGAGAUAUCCUGAAGAUGGGCAAGAACGUCGCUCUGUUUCGCCACUUCUCCACUUUAGACAAGAAUGAGAUUUUCGACUCCAACGUCAGCUCGUACAUCGACGUCUGGCCGGUGAAUCUUUUCCGUCCCGAGACCGGCAGCUUCUUCGACAACACAUGUCUCUUCCUCCUGCAGCUGGCCUGUAUCCUCAACAUGGUCCCCGGCUGGAAGAGCAAAACCACGCUCCGCGUGUUCCUCUGUGUCAACGCUCGGACUGACAACACCAUACAGAGGGAGCAAAAGCUGGACAUGUUCCUACGACAGCUGAGGAUCAUCGCCAAGAUCCAGAUCGUCUCAUGGGAUCACCUGCAGGAGUAUCUAGCCAGUCCGAACCUCGACUUCGACUACGACGGCUCGCACAUGUGCGACUAUAACCGAGUCCCCGAGGAGUUCGUGAAGGCCAUGAACGAACUGAUCAUUGCCAAUUCUAGCCAUACUGCCGUGUCAUUCUUCUAUCUCCCCAAACCCCCGACCGACCCGGCCGAUUCUGCGAGGUACUUGUCCGAUUUAGAUUUGCUGACCAAAAAUCUUAAACCUUCGGUGCUGGUGCAUGGUCUGCACCCAGUAACAUCAACAACGUUGUGAGUGUACCAUUUGUAUUUAUAACCUGAACAAUCUUAAAGGUCUUGUGUCAACAUUGUGAGUGUACCAUUUGACAUUAAUGUAUUUAUAACCUGAACAAUCUUAAAGGUCCUGUGUCAACAUUUUGAGUGUACCAUUUGACAUUAAUGUAUUUAUAACCUGAACAAUCUUAAAGGUCCUGUGUCAACAUUGUGAGUGUACCAUUUGACAUUAAUGUAUUUAUAACCUGAACAAUCUUAAAGGUCCUGUGUCAACAUUUUGAGUGUACCAUUUGAUAUUGAUGUAUUUAUAACCUGAACAAUCUUAAAGGUCCUAUGUCAACAUUGUGAGUGUACCAUUUGAUAUUGAUGUAUUUAUAACCUGAACAAUCUUAAAGGUCCUGUGUCAACAUUGUGAGUGUACCAUUUGACAUUAAUGUAUUUAUAACCUGAACAAUCUUAAAGGUCCUGUGUCAACAUUUUGAGUGUACCAUUUGAUAUUGAUGUAUUUAUAACCUGAACAAUCUUAAAGGUCCUGUGUCAACAUUGUGAGUGUACCAUUUGACAUUAAUGUAUUUAUAACCUGAACAAUCUUAAAGGUCCUGUGUCAACAUUUUGAGUGUACCAUUUGAUAUUGAUGUAUUUAUAACCUGAACAAUCUUAAAGGUCCUGUGUCAACAUUUUGAGUGUACCAUUUGACAUUGAUGUAUUUAUAACCUGAACAAUCUUAAAGGUCCUAUGUCAAAGUUGAAACUACAAUAUUUUCACACUUAUAAUAAAUAACUACAAAUUAAUCGAUCCCACACAUAAUCUUUCCAUAAUUAACUCAAGAAUAAUAUAUUUUUUAAAGUCUUGUAUUGGUUGACAAGGCGGGUUUUCCAAAUUAUUUGUGGCUAAAUAUUGUGUGUGUUGAAUGUGUAUGCAUAAAACAGUGACAUUCAAGAUUCAUCCCUAAAAUAAUUUUUGUUAUACUAGUAAAUAGACUUAUUUAGUUGUAAUUUUUUAUAGGCAUAUAGCUGAAGGUAUAAAUUUUAUGUUUCAAUGCAAAAAUUAAUAAAUAUUUUUGGCGGGAACAACCACUAUUGCAACUUUGACAUAGCACCUUUAAGCCAUCGGUGCUGGUGCAUAGUUUGCACCCAGUAACAUCAACAUUGUGAGUAUACCAAUUGACGGGGCUUUUUUUGUGUUUUUUUUUGUACCUGCACUUUUGUAUGAGACUUUUUGUAUAGUGAGUAAAUGACAGUCUUGAGUAAAUUGUCGACAGUAAUUUAUUCCGAGUCUGGGACUGUCCUGAAUGUCCAUCCAUUAUUAGGUGUUUCCGACUAGCAAAGUCGUUUUGGCGACUAAAAUAUCAAAUACAUUUUCUUGUUUAAUAUUCCAGUGUCUGUAUAUCCAAUGUGUUUGUUUAUCUAGUGCUAAUGUUUGUAGCAGUGAUUUUUCAUUUAUACUUCGUAAUAUUUAUUUUUUUCAUACAUAAAACAUUAUUCAAAGCUAAAAUCGAUUUUGGGGUCCUGCGAACAUUAGCACAAGAACAAUGACCUUGUUUAUACAAAAGAAAGUAUGUUAUUAUGUAAUUGUAGUGAUCUAAAAUAUCAGUAUUUCGUUAAUAUGUUACUAUGGCAACAAACUAAGGAUAGUCCCUGUAACAUUGUAAAUAAAGUGUUAACAAGGA